AUGUGCAUUUCCUUUGCGUCUGCUGCUGUGUGUGCGUCUGCCGCUGUAUGUGCGUCUGCCGCUGUGUGUGCGUCUGCCGCUGUAUGUGCGUCUGCCGUUGUGUGUGAGUCUGCCGCUGUAUGUGCGUCUGCCGCUGUAUGUGCGUCUGCCGCUGUAUGUGCGUCUGCCGCUGUAUGUGCGUCUGCCGCUGUAUGUGCGUCUGCCGCUGUAUGUGCGUCUGCCGCUGUAUGUGCGUCUGCCGCUGUAUGUGCGUCUGCCGUGCAGCCAUAUGCGGAGAAAGGGAUGCUCUCGCCCUCCCCAGACAUGCGACGCCUCUGCUGCUUUGCGCUUCAGCGCAUGGCAGAAGGGGGAGAGGAGGAGAUGCAGGAGCUGGGGAGUCAGGGGGAGGUGGCAAGGCGAGUGGUGGGGGAGGAUUUAGUGCGGUGCUUGGGCGACGAGCACCUGCCUGUGGCUGCUGCUGCCACUGACGCCCUUGCUGCCUUCUGCCGAUCGCCAUUAGGAGUGAGCCUCAUUUUCAGCAGUGAUCACCUGUACAAGCUCACACGCUCGUCGCACUCACAGGUGCAGCAACGAGCAGUGGAGGCAGCUCUGCGUCUGGCCAACCAAUCGCAGCAUGCCAUGUCAGCAGUCGAGAAGCUGGAUCUGCUGCAGCCAUUGGUCAUGGAGCUGCAAGGAGUGGCGGGGAUGGGAGAAAGCGGAACGGAAAGGGGAGGCGGUACUGGGGGAGGUUCAACUGAGGAGGGGGGUGAUGCUCUGGCGGCUCUUGCAGCGUGUGAAGUGGUCUCGGAGUUCACGAGCAGCAGGGUGGGCGUGGAGCUGCUUGAACCCCGCAUUGACGAGAUUCACCAGGCACUCGUUCAGAUCUGCACCAAGGCAUCAGCACCUGCACCAGCAGCACCAUCAUCAUCACCAACAGCAGCGGCAGCAGCAGCAGCACGACCAGCAGAAGCCUCGCUGCAGUUGGGCCUGGACCUGCUCCUGCCAGCUGCUCUCAAGUGUGCUGCUCGCCUCACCUCGCCUGCAACACCAGGAGUCAUGGCUCCUCUUACUUUAAUCCAGGCGGACGAGGUAGCAGCGCUGUUCAACAGCAUGUGUGAGGCAUGGGGGCUCAGUGAGGAGCAUGUGCCAGCCGAGACAGUUGAAGGCUUCUUUGAUGCUCUUGCCACCUAUGCACGCUGUGAGUGCAUGAAUGCACCCACUGUGCCGUCUAUGCACGCUAGUGAGGAGCAUGUGCCAGCCAAGACGGUGGAGGGAUUCUUCGAUGCUUUUGCCACCUACGCACGCUGCGAGUUGCUGCUCCCGAUGAGGAAUUGCCUGCCUCAAAUCCUCUUUGAGGCGCCUCAAGAAUUGCCUGCCUCAAAUCCUCCCUCUUACCCUUUCUCCUGCCUGUCUCUCCUCCCACAUCCAACGCCUUGUUCCUUCUCACCCCCCCCUCCAACACACUGUCUCUUUGCCAGCCACACAAGGCACCCGCCUGCUUCUCAACCCCCUCCCCCGCCAGCCUCUGUCCCCUCAUCCUCGUCCCUCCAACACUUUUCUCCCUCCAGCCACACAUGGCACUCGCCUGCUGCUCAACCCGCGCCGCCACGUCAUCAGCUUCAUUCUCAAGCGUGCCUUUGGGGGCUGCGGCCCUCACACCUCGCUGCACACCGCGUCUCUACAUGCAUAUUCGGAGCAGACAGAGUGGAAGGGAGCGAGCCGGUGCAGAUGGUGCCAGUGCAUUCCACCCUCUCUUCAUCCCCUUUCCUUCCCACUUUGCGCCACUCCCCUUCCAACACGCAGGCCUCGCUACAUGCACUGGCUUCUAUAUUCGGAGCAGACAGAGUGGAAGGGAGCGAGCCCGUGCAGAUGGUGCCAGUGCACGCCACCCACUCGGGAAUCAGCGGGGUGGACGAGGGGGGAGGAGGAGGAGCCGGGGGGGGAGGUGAAGGGAUGGAUUUGGAGGUGGGAGAUGAUGGGGAGACGAAGCUCAAGGAAGAGACGUUUGCUGCUGCGGCUAAAGCACCGGGAGGACCCACUCUUGCUGUGAGUGCCGGUAGGAGGGGGGAGAGGGGUAGAAGCUCUGGCGGCCUGGUGGAGAGGGAGAGGGCGGCAGUGAAUCUUGGGACUGGUGGCCUGGUGGAGAGGGAGAGGGCAGCAUUGAAGCCUGAGGCUGUGUACCGGCUGCUGGCAGCAGUGGUGGAGAGGGAGUGGGCAGCAGUGGAGCUGUGUGGGGAUUGGGGUCUGGUGCAGAUGGUGACAGACGCACAGGUGGAGAGGCACAAAGCAGCCAUGGAUUGGAGGCAUUCGUGCUGUGUGGCCAUGUCAACAGCAGCAGAGGCACAACACGCAUCCAUCUCCUUCAACUGCACUGCGCAGCUGGCCGAGGCGGUCCGCAGGGGACCGUACCUGACUCCACUUCCUCCCCUUCUUCCAUCCAACAACGGUCACUACUGCCCCCCUUCCCCCUCCCUACCCCCCCCUCCCUCUUGCAUCACACCAGCUGGCCGAGGCGGUGCGCAGAAAACCCUACCUGAGGCCACUUUCCUGGUCUUCCUUGUCCUCUGCCAACCACCAACACCAACACCCUUUUCCCUCCCCCCUCUUUCCCCCUCUUCUCUCCCUCCUUCCACCACACCAGCUGGCCGAGGCGGUCCGCAGGGGACCCUACCUGAGGCCACGUGA